AUGAGUCUCACAUAUGGCCUGGGAGGCAUUGGGAGCACCCUUCUCGUUGUAGGAGCUUACAUGCUCUUCACGGGAUCGGGCGAGGCUUUCAACGUCGGCGAGUUCCUCGAAUCUAUCUCACCCUACGCGUGGGCGGACACGGGCAUUGCCCUUUGCAUCGGUUUGUCCGUUGUAGGCGCGGCAUGGGGUAUUUUCAUCACCGGCUCCUCCAUCCUCGGCGCGGGCGUCAAGGCCCCGCGUGUGCGAACUAAGAACUUGAUCUCCAUCAUUUUCUGCGAAGUCGUCGCCAUCUACGGCGUCAUCAUGGCUAUCGUCUUCUCCGCCCAGCUCGAGAACGUCCAGGGUGAGGUUCUGCACGACGGCAACAGCUACUACACUGGUUUCGCCCUCUUCUGGGCCGGUAUCACCGUCGGAAUGUGCAACCUCAUCUGUGGUGUCGCAGUCGGCAUCAACGGCAGUGGAGCCGCGCUGGCCGAUGCCGCCGACCCUACACUUUUCGUCAAGAUUCUCGUUGUCGAGAUUUUCAGCUCUGUCCUCGGUCUUUUCGGUCUGAUUGUUGGACUUCUUGUCUCUGGCAAGGCCAACGCUUUCGGCAAGGCAUAA